AUGAAGUUCCGACGGCCCCAUCUCCGUGUCACGCAGCCCAAGUCGGCUUUCGCCGAAGGGAAUGCCCGCUGGACCAACCUCGACCUCGAUCCAGUUCCCCUCCACCGUCGGAAAUGGGGUCCUAUGAGCUUUAUCUCAUACUGGAUCUCCGACGCCUUCAACGCUGCAACAUGGCAGUUCGCUAGCAGCAUCAUCGCCGUCGGGCUGAGCUGGCGGGAGUCUCUCGCCAUUGUCGCCAUCUCCUUCUUCAUCAUCUCCUUCGUCAUCGCGGCCAACGGUGCCGUCGGCUCCAUCUACCACAUCCCCUUCCCCGUCAUCGCCCGCGCGAGCUGGGGCUUCUGGGGCUCCUACGUCGCCAUCAUCUCCCGUGUCAUCCUGGCCGUAUUCUGGUUCGCGAUCCAGAAUAUGAACGGCGGCAAUGCCGUGAGCGCAAUGAUCGGUGCCAUCUGGCCGAGUUUUAGGACCCUGAAGAACGGCAUUCCCGAGAGCCAGGGUAUCACGACGGCGGGCAUGGUGGGAUACGUGAUCUUCUGGAUCGCGCAGGUCCCUUUCCUCUGCGUCCACCCCAAUAAGCUGCGAUGGCUGUUUGCUGCCAAGUCCAUCAUCGUGCCCAUUGCGUGGCUUGCGAUCUUGAUCUGGGCGUUUGUGGCGGAGGGCGGAGGCGCCAUCUUCGAUCAGAAGCCGACGGUCUCCGGGUCGAAGUAUAGCUGGCUGUUUCUGGCGAACAUGACUUCGGUGCUGGGCAACUAUGCCACUCUGAGUGUGAACCAGUCCGACUUCUCGCGGUACUCGCGCGUCAGCCCGAAAUGGCAGCUGCUCUACAUCCCCAUGCUCCCCAUCGUCUUCACCUUCAUCUCGUUCAUCGGCAUUGCCGCCUCCUCGGCCGGCCAGUCGCGCUACGGCGGCCAGAUCCCCUGGGAUCCGAUCGUGCUCAUCAACCUGUGGCCCAACCGCGCGUGCCGCUUCUUCGCCGCCUUCUCCUUCGCCCUCACCUCCCUGGGCGUCAACAUCUCGGCUAACUCCCUCUCCGCCGCCAACGACCUGACCGCGCUCGCGCCGCAGUACAUCAACCUGCGCCGCGGCCAGAUCAUCUGCGGCCUGCUGUCGUGGUGCCUCGUCCCCUGGAAGAUCCUCGCCUCGGCCGGCAACUUCCUCAACUUCAUGGCCGCCUACGCCAUCUUCCUCGGCCCCAUCGGCGCCAUCAUGCUCUGGGACUUCUGGCUCAUCAAGCACCGCAAGUACGACAUCCUCGCCCUCUACCAGCCCUCCAACCCCACCUACCGCUACUCCUCCUGGGGCACCAACUGGCGCGCCAUCGUCGCCUUCCUCGUCGGAGUCGCGCCUAACCUCCCCGGCCUGGUUGAGUCCGUGAACAGCAGCAUCCACGUCGGGGUGGGCAUCCACCCGUACCAGUUUGGCUGGAUGCUCGGGUUCGUCGCCACGAGCAUUGUCUACGUGGGUCUGUCGUAUCUGUUCCCGGCGCCGGAGACGAUCAUCGAGCGGGCCGUGCUUGCGGAUGAGAUCUACGAUGCCCGCGGCACGGUGGAGGGGCUGGAGGUGGGCUCAGAGGAGGUGCUGGGCGACGGGGACCGGGAGGAGAAGAUGUUGGGUACGAAGGAGGCCAUACGGGAGACAAAGGGGGAAUGA